AACCUGCCCUCACAAUCAGUUUCAGUUCUCAAAGAGUGGAUGCGAAACAAUAUCAAACGGCCUUACCCGACGGAUCAGGACAAAGUAGAGCUGGCAGCACUAGCAAACAUUACAACACAACAGGUUUCCAAUUGGUUUGUCAAUGCGAGGAAGAGAAUUUGG